GAGUGUAUCUCUGUCCACGUUGGUCAGGCUGGGGUCCAGAUUGGCAACGCCUGCUGGGAGCUUUACUGCUAUGAACAUGGGAUCCAGCCAAAUGGACGGAUGCCCGACGAUAAGACUGUUACAGAAGGAGAUGAUUCCUUCAGCACCUUCUUCAACGAGACUGGAGCUGGAAAGCACGUCCCCAGAACUGUGUUUGUGGACCUGGAGCCCACUGUCAUCGAUGAGGUGCGCACUGGGACCUACCGCCAGCUGUUCCAUCCUGAGCAGCUGAUCACUGGCAAAGAGGACGCUGCCAACAACUACGCCCGUGGACACUACACCAUUGGAAAAGAAAUCAUAGAUCUGGUUCUGGACAGGAUCCGCAAACUGGCUGACCAGUGCUCUGGUCUUCAGGGCUUCCUGGUGUUUCACAGCUUCGGUGGCGGCACCGGCUCUGGUUUCACCUCCCUGCUGAUGGAGCGUCUGUCUGUGGACUACGGCAAGAAGUCCAAGCUGGAGUUCCCCAUCUACCCCGCUCCCCAGGUGUCCACUGCUGUGGUGGAGCCCUACAACUCCAUCCUGACCACCCACAGCACCCUGGAGCACACUGACUGCACCUUCAUGGUAGAUAAUGAGGCCAUCUACGACAUCUGCCGUAGGAACCUGGAUAUCGCGCGUCCCACGUACACCAACCUGAACAGGCUGAUGGCUCAGAUUGUGUCCUCCAUCACCGCUUCUCUUCGUUUUGAUGGAGCCCUGAAUGUUGAUCUGACAGAGUUCCAGACCAACUUGGUUCCAUAUCCCCGCAUCCACUUCCCUCUGGUCUCCUAUGCUCCUGUCAUCUCCGCUGAGAAGGCUUACCAUGAGCAGUUAAGUGUGGCUGAGAUCACAAGCGCCUGCUUCGAGCCGGCCAAUCAGAUGGUGAAAUGUGACCCUCGCCACGGCAAGUACAUGGCUUGUUGUCUUUUGUACCGUGGUGAUGUGGUGCCCAAAGAUGUCAACGCUGCCAUUUCCACUAUUAAAAUGAAGCGCACCAUCCAGUUUGUGGACUGGUGUCCCACCGGCUUCAAGGUUGGCAUCAACUAUCAGCCGCCAACCGUGGUUCCUGGUGGAGAUCUGGCCAAGGUCCAGAGGGCCGUGUGCAUGCUGAGCAACACCACUGCUGUGGCUGAGGCCUGGGCUCGGCUGGACCACAAGUUUGAUCUGAUGUACGCUAAACGUGCCUUUGUUCACUGGUAUGUAGGUGAGGGUAUGGAGGAGUCAGAGUUCUCUGAGGCCAGAGAGGACAUGGCAGCUCUGGAGAAGGAUUAUGAGGAGGUGGGAGUCGACAGUGUUGACGGUGAGGAAGAGGAGGAAGAAAAUGAGUAUUAAAAUGAACAUGAAGGCAUUUAGCAUAUAUUUAGAAAUCAAUCAGUUCCAAAUGUUUUUAAAUAUGUUCCAAAAAGAUGUUUACUUAGUUUGAGUGUUGAGAAAUUCAAACAUGCACUUUUAGUUUGUGGAAAAGAGGAGUAUUGGCAUGAGUUAUACAUGAAUCAUUUACAGUUUUUGCUUUAAUACGUUCCAAUAAGAUGUUUUUAUUCAUCAUUUUACUACUUUUAAUGUUGAUGAAAUCAAAGUGACAGUUAGGAAGUGAGCGUUUAAAUGGAUAUAAAGCACUGAUUUCAAGUUCUCUCUUAAAUGUGUUCAAAACCUAAAUGUUUGUCUAUCUAAUAUUUAAGAAAAAAACAAUUUUAAGAAAUAGAAAAUGUUUGUCUCUGUUUGAAAUAA